AUGGAAGACAUGUUCGACAGCGGGAAGUACAUGCAACAAAGUGGCAUCGACCAUAUCGAGUAUCAUAACACUGAUGAAGGCUUCAACGACCGUGACAACGGGGUUGCCAAUGAAGACAUGGAUGCGCAUAUGCCCGAAUCAGCAUCGAUCCAUGAGCGGCCACAAUGGCAACAAAUGCGGCGUUCAAGUCAUCAACCGCAGUAUAUGCAGCAGCAGACAGACGAGUUUCUACCGGGGUCGAAAAGACAUGUACGCACACAGUCACUAGAAGCUUUGUCAGAGCCAGCAGUGGAAAAACGCUAUGGACGCGGGGCUAGUACAAGUGGUGUGAACACAUCGUUAAUGCAAGGAACUGCGUCACCACUCGAAGCCAUGUCGGCGCUUCUCGCAUCUAUUGAUGAAAAAGAAGAAGAAGAACAUGAAAUAGACUGUGCUAACGUCGUGGAUUCAGUGGGAGAAGUGCCGAUGACAUUCUCAUCGGCUAUGGAAUCCAGCGACGCAAGAAAGUGGCGUGAAGCUGAUCGCAAGGCGAUCAGCAGCAAGUGGGUGUUCAAGGUGAAGGAGACUGUUGAUGGACUCAUCGAGCGAUACAAAGCGCGCCUCGUAGCAAAAGGAUUUUUGCAAAAGUACGGUGUGGACUUCGAGGAGACGUUCGCACUAGUGGCCAAUUUCGCGUCGAUUCGGAUCAUUGUGAGCCUCGCCGCGCAGCACAACCUCGUACUUCACCAAAUGGACGUCAAAACGGCGUUUCUUAACGGUAUGCUUGAAGAAGAGAUCUACAUGAAGCAGCCUGACGAAUUCGUUGAUGCCAAUCAUCCUCACCAUGUGUGCAAGCUCAAGCAUGCGUUGUACGGACUCAAGCAAUCCCCUCGUAUGUGGAACCAGACUAUUGAUGAGUUCAUGCGCAAUAUUGGCUUCACCAAGUGCGAGAUGGAUCACUGUGUCUACGCCAAGCGUGACGACAAGGUCAUGAUGUUUGUUGUCAUAUACGUCGACGACCUCAUCCUUGCGUGCAACAACAUGGACAUCCUCGCAGCCACCAAACGUGCAUUAAGCGAGCGAUUCGAGAUGUCCGAUCUCGAUGAGCUUAAGUACUGCCUCGGAAUAGAAGUAGAGAGCGAUGACAAGUCAGGCGAUGUAUCGAUGAAACAGACUAAGUUCUUGCGAUUGAUUCUGACCAAGUUCGGUAUGCAAGACUCUAAGCCUGUUAAGACACCGCAAGAUCCCGGACUGAAGUUGACUAAGCGCAUGUGCAAAGAUGGAUGCAAGCACAACUACACCGUGCAAGGAGUGCCAUACCGAAGUGCCGUCGGAGCCUUGAUGUACCUCAUGGUAGGCACGCGUUCAGACCUCGCAGCUUCAGUGGGAGUGCUCAUCCAGUUUGCUGCUGACCCGUGUCCAACACACUGGCAAGCACGCAAGCGCGUGCUACAGUACCUGCGAGCGACUCCUACACUUGGUAUUCGUUUUAUUGGCGCUGGCAAUGGCAAGUUGCUUGGCUAUUCCGAUGCCGACUGGGCUGGAGAUAUCGAUACUAGACGAAGUACCAGCGGCUACCUGGCGAAGCAGAAACAGCGCAGCGUGGUACUCUCGUCUACCGAAGCAGAGUACAUGGCACUGUCGGAGGCGACCCAAGAAGCGACGUGUCUCAAGAAGUUCAUGCGUGAGCUCGGCGAAGAAUUAGGCGAUGACGCUCUAACUAUCUAUGACGACAAUCAAGGUGCUAUUGCGUUGACCAAGAACCCAGAGUUCCUUAAACGCACCAAGCACAUCGACAUUCGCUACCACUUCGUGCGAGAAAAGGUCGAAAAGAAUCAAGUCGUGCUACAGUACUGUCCGACGCAAGAUAUGCUCGCUGACAUCAUGACCAAGGCAAUCGCAGCGCCACAGUUUACCAUCCUCCAUACUAAACUCGGCAUCACUGUCGGUGUUGUAACGGGGCACCCUGAAGCUUGUACUGGUGACAGUACAAGCUACUUAUCCUGA